UGACAGCUGACAGCUGUAAUCGGUUCAUUUUUAGUAAUAAAAAGUGAAAAGUGAACGAAAGUAAUCAAAAGCGAACCGACCACAUCUGUCAGCUGUCAAUUCGUCCAUCUAGACCAUCUAGUCUUUUUUCGAACUAAAAGGUCUAUAAAAUCUAAACGUCAAAUAAUGCGGUUCCCUCGAUAAAAAUAUUACCUGCAGUGAAAAGUAAAUUUUUCCGUUGUUGUGUUGGGCCGAGUGUAUGAGGGACCAUUACAAUACAGUUUCACCGCAAUGAAGUCAUUCGGUCCUCUUUUAGGAACAAUAUCCAUUGGCAAUACUCACUGCAAAUUUUUGGUAUUCGCUGCACAAAAUGCGGAAAUUUUAACCGAUUACGAAGUGUCAUUAACGCAAAUAUCCCAGAAGCCGGGCUGGAUAGAAGUAUGUCCCAUCGAAAUCUGGAAAAGUGUCGUUGAAUGCAUAGAGAAUGCGACAAAAAAUUUGACAAUCCUAGACAUAAGCAUAGCCGAUAUUGUAGCAAUAGGUGUAACAAAUCAACGUGAAACCACAGUCCUAUGGCAUAAGCUAACCGGAAUCCCACUGUACAAUGCAAUCGCUUGGAAUGACACAAGGACCGACGAUAUCGUUAAUAAGCUGCUAACAAGGAUACACAACAAGAAGAAUUACCUGAAGGCCGUGUGUGGAUUACCGAUAAGCAAUUGUUUUAGUGCCCUAAAAGUCAUGUGGAUCAUGGAAAAUGUGUUAGAAGUGAAGGACGUGCUCCAGUCGAACGACCUGUUAUUCGGAACGCUGGAUACGUGGAUUCUGUGGAAUUUAACGGGAGGAGUGGACGGAGGCAUUCAUGUGACGGACGUAACAAAUGCAAGCCGAACGAUGUUAAUGAAUCUGGAAACUCUUACAUGGGAUCAGAAUUUGUGCACAUUCUUUCGCAUACCACCAAAGAUCUUACCGAAAAUCAAAAGCUGUUCCGAAAUGUACGGAUUUGUUUACGAUGGACCUCUACAGGGCGUUCCAAUAGCUUCGUGUCUCGGCGAUCAGCCUGCAUCGUUACUGGGACAAAUGUGCAUCCAGACUAGUCAAGCUACAUGUACCUAUAAUGACAGCUGUUUUCUAAUGGUAAACACCGGCCAAGAGAUGAUCGAUUCGGAAAAUGGUUUACUGACGACGAUCGGCUUUAAAUUAGGUCCCAAAGCGAAAACAUUUUACGCCUUGGAGGGUGCCGUUUCGAAUGCCGGUUACGGUAUCUCAUGGCUAAAGGAUAACAUGUUGUUGAACACAGACAUUGCGAAGAAACCAGCUAUGACAUCACAAAGCUACUACGGCGAAUCGGCUGUUUUGUCGUCGUACAACUCAGGCUCAACCAUAUUCGAUACCGCGAACGUCAGUCAAAAAACGGAUGUGGUUUUCGUGCCAUCAUUUAGCGGUCUUUACUCUCCCUACUGGAAGCACGACUCCAGAGGUGUAAUAUUAGGACUAAAUAAUCAAACAACGGCACAGCAAGUAACAUUGGCUGCAUACGAGGCGAUCUGCUUCCAAACCAGAGAUCUAUUAGACUCACUAGCCAAGGAUAUACCGUCCUGGAAGCGUCUGGUGAAGCUAACAGUUGGUGGUGAAUUCAGUGAGAGUCCGUUCUUGCUGCAAUUGCUGGCCGAUCUUUGCGGUAUUACGAUUGAACGGCCUCAAACAACGUCACCGUCCUGUCUGGGUGCAAUGCUUGCCAGUGGCGUUACAAUGAAAUUAUUAUCCAUCGACAGUUCUAGGUUACAGUUCUUACCACCUUUGGACGUCUUUCAGCCAGUUAUGUGUUCAAGUCAACGAGAUUUGAAGUACAGGCGAUGGAAGUACACGAUAGCAAAAUGUCUUCGUUACAACGGCACUUUUACCGAAAUUUCAUUCGAUGACAAAGAUCCCGAAAUGGUAGUCCGUAACUCAAUACCCGGAGGAGUAUUUCUGUUUUCGUCAUUUGCAUUACUUUUGGCAACAAAGUUUUUUCAACGAACAUAAGCUGUUCGGAUAUUACGAGAAUUCUCUCUCCUUCUCUCUAGUCAGUGAUAAACGUGUUUGAUUCCAAUUAAAUAGAAAAAUUAAAAUUGUUUAACUCAACUGGUUUGAA